CGUCACGUCAGUUGCAGUCGUGUCGGGAUUGGAAUGUUAGCGACUAACAAACGGAACAACUGAGCAGUCGGAAAUUGGUCAGUGGGACUGAGGAAUUCCAUCUUUUUCGGAAUGUUUCCGAGCCUCCGCGCAGUGCGAGGUCAGCAUUUCUCUGUCGAGCGGAGAACUUGGCGCCGCCGCUGAGCUCUUUUUUUGGUCUAUCGGCGCAUCUCGAUCGACGUGUGGAGCUUGUAAGAUAAGAAGAGCAAUGCCCGGAUUCGUCAGGUUAUGCUGGUGCCGCUGAACUGUUUCUCUUUCUAACCGCCUUGCCUCUUCUACCAUGGAGUAAAACGAGAAAGACGGAAUGACGCCGCGGCGGCAAAGCUGAAAAUGCUUUUACACUCUUGCUUAAUAGAGUUGGUCAUCUAAGCUUUCCAUCCGGGUGACCCUCGGGGACCCCUGCUGCUGUUUACCCGGAGGGGGCGACUUCCCAGACGGACACUUUUCCAUGUGAAAAGCGCUGAAUGAGAGAGCCGAAGAGCUUUCGAGCCACGGGGUUCGGGCGGCACUCGUCUUUUUCGGUGCUCCCAAACCCUUUCGACAUGCUGCUACUCAAAAGACGGGAGAGAAAGGGAACAUACUUUUAAAAUCGGCCACAUGCGCUGUAUCAAUCGCUGUAUUUGGGAACCGAAUACGCAGAAAGGGGGUUGGGGAUCCUUGGAGGAGGCAGCCGGAGGAUGGAGCCGUGUUCCCGGGAUUGCUGAGAGCCUAACUUCGGGCCACUUUGCCGUUCUUGUUCUCAAGCAAUCGCAUCUGUUCCCUGGACACAUGCAGGCCAAAAAACGCUACUUGAUCCUGCUCUCUGCCAGCGCUUGUCUGGCGCUUCUCUACCUCGGAGUUGUUCCGCUUCCGACCGCGAGCAGGCACCGGCAUGAAAGCAGCCGUCACGGGCACCGACCCGAUCACCCGUGGCCUCACUUCUCGGACCGUUUACACCCGUUUGCGCCCCGGGACCAGAGUGACACCGAGGAGUAUAACGUGCACACAUCCGUGAAGCACGAUCGGGACGUGAACACGAGUGUUUACAAAGGCAAACGGUGCCGAAUGGACUCCUGUUUUGACUUUUCCUUGUGUAAAAAGAACGGAUUUAAAGUUUAUACUUACCCGCAACUAAAAGGGGAGAAGAUCUCAGAGAGUUAUCAGAACAUUUUGUCCACGAUUGAGGGCUCCAGGUUUUACACCUCGGACCCCGGUCAGGCGUGUUUGUUCGUGCUGAGUUUGGACACCCUCGACCGGGAUCAACUGUCUCCACAGUACGUCCAUAACUUGAAGAGCAAAAUUCAGAACUUGCCUCUGUGGAACGAUGGCAGGAACCAUCUUAUAUUUAAUUUAUAUUCUGGGACGUGGCCGGACUAUACGGAAGAUUUGGGUUUUGACAUCGGUCAGGCAAUGCUGGCUAAGGCCAGCAUCAGCACGGAGAACUUCAGACCCAAAUUUGAUGUUUCCAUCCCACUUUUCUCCAAGGAGCACCCGAGGACCGGCGGAGACAGGGGUUACUUGAAAUAUAACUCCAUCCCACCUUUUCGAAAGUACAUGCUUGUUUUCAAGGGGAAGCGCUACCUGACCGGUAUCGGUUCGGACACCAGGAAUGCCUUAUACCACGUUCACAAUGCAGAGGAUGUGGUGCUCCUCACAACAUGCAAGCAUGGCAAAGACUGGCAGAAGCACAAGGACGCACGCUGUGACAAGGACAACGCAGAGUAUGACAGGUACGACUACAAAGAGAUGCUUCACAACUCCACCUUCUGCCUAGUACCCCGAGGCCGAAGGCUGGGCUCAUUUCGUUUUCUCGAGGCCCUGCAGGCCGCGUGCGUGCCGGUGAUGCUUAGUAACGGCUGGGAGCUGCCUUUCUCCGAGAUCAUCAACUGGAAUACGGCGGCAGUCAUCGGUGACGAGAGGCUCCUGCUGCAGAUUCCCACCACGGUGCGUUCCAUCCACCAGGAUAAGAUCCUGUCACUUAGGCAGCAGACACAGUUCCUUUGGGAGGCCUACUUCUCCUCUGUGGAAAAAAUAGUGCUGACCACACUGGAGAUCAUCCACGACCGGGUUUUGGAACACAGGUCCAGGAGCACCCUCAUGUGGAAUAGUCACCCCGGGGGGCUUUUUGCUCUCCCACAAUACUCAAGCUACCUUGGAGACUUCCCUUUCUUCUAUGCCACAUUGGGUAUUAAACCACACCCAAAGUUCACAGCUGUUAUCCACGCCGUCUCAAAUCUGGUGUCCCAGUCCCAACCCAUCCUCAAGCUGUUGAUGGCAGUGGCCAAGUCCCAGUACUGUGCACAGAUCGUUGUUCUGUGGAACUGUGACAAGCCCCUCCCCGCCAAGCACCGCUGGCCUGCCACCUCUGUACCCGUCGUUGUCAUCGAAGGGGAGAAUAAGGUGAUGAGCAGUCGCUUCUUCCCCUACGAGACCAUCGUGACCGAUGCCGUCCUCAGUCUGGAUGAAGACACGGUGCUGUCCACCACAGAGGUGGACUUUGCCUUCACCGUGUGGCAGAGUUUCCCCGAGCGAAUUGUCGGCUAUCCCGCACGCAGCCAUUUUUGGGACGGCAACAAGGAGCGUUGGGGUUACACCUCCAAGUGGACCAAUGACUACUCCAUGGUGCUAACAGGCGCUGCCAUCUACCACAGGUAUUACCACUACCUGUACACCAACUACUUGCCGUCUAGUCUCAAAAGUAUGGUGGACCAACUGGCCAACUGUGAGGACAUCCUAAUGAAUUUCCUGGUCUCUGCCGUCACCAAGCUACCGCCGAUCAAGGUCACGCAGAAGAAACAGUAUAAGGAAACCAUGAUGGGACAGUCUUCAAGAGCAUCCCGCUGGGCCGACCCGGACCACUUUGCUCAGCGGCAGACGUGCAUGAACAAGUUUGCCAGCUGGUUUGGCGCCAUGCCGCUGGUUCGCUCCCAGAUGAGACUCGAUCCGGUCCUGUUCAAGGACCAGGUGUCCAUCCUACGCAAGAAAUACAGGGACAUCGAGAGGCUCUGACAGGAGCGGCGCCCCUUCGGUGGGGACCCCACUCGGGGGGAGGCUUAAGGGCCGCCGGACCAUGAAGCGCGCCAGUGAAUAUUAGCGCUGUUGCCGAGUGACUUAAAACAAAAAAAAAAACACUGCUGACCAAGACUCUCGGAUAGAAUAUUUUUUUGUGGAUGAGGACUAUCCUGUACAAGAUGGAAAGUGUCUUCUGUCUGUCUGCGGGGGGGCGUUUCUGAGAACACUGCCCACCGCGAAGCGAAUCCCCGUUCCCUGGUUACUCAAAGCAAUCCAUCUUGCAUCAGGACACGAUUAGUGGACUUACUCGCACUUCGACCCCUCCAUUGCUUUAUUACCUGAUUUGAUUUUUGUACAAAUCAGCUGUCUCUGAGAGGGGUGAGUGCAGAUCAUCAAGAAUAUUGACGUCAUAUCACCAUGAGAUUAAAACGGUCAUCAAGUUUGCCACUGAAAUUUCACAUACUGGCCUCAGUCCUGUAGGUUAUUUUUUUCAUUCAUUUCACAUUUUAUUGUCCCCUCACGCGUGUGUGCAUGUGUAAAAUGAACAUUUGGGGGAUAAAAUGCAGCAAAUCUUGGAAUGUUCUAACCCGAACUGCCAUUUCAUAACAUCCUCGCUGGCCUUUUAGCAGCACCAUCAUUUCUGGGGAGUGCCAACUUGACAUCAGGUCUGCCUUUACGGUUAUUUAUUGAACAUUUACGCUGCCUGUAUUGGUUCGAGCCACUACCUUGAAAACACCCCAUCAGUCCAAUAACAGUUUUUAUUUUGUUUUAUUUGUGGUAAGCAGCAUUUCACUACUCUUCGCUGUCAGUGACAUCCAACGAGCUGACAGUUUGCACCUUAAUUGGCAGCGUGGCUGGCCUUUCGUCAAUCUCUACGAAGACGCCGCUCGGACACUUGAAUGAAAGAAACUUGCUUUUCGUGGCCUUUGUGUCAAGCGAAGCGGCCAUUUUAUUCAAAUUUGGGGGGAUAUGCAACAGUGCCAUAUUAGGUGUUGAUGUGAAAACGUCAGUUCAAAUGUUGCUCGCACAAAAGACAAGUACAGUGGAACCUUGAAGUUUUUCUUAAAUCUAAUGAUAGCACUAAUCAAACUGUUUGCAUCAUAAAUCAUAUCACUGACGUCCAGAGGUGGGUAAAGUAGGCAAAAAAAUUACUUGUUACUUCAAAAUAAUAUGACUCAAGUAGAGAUGCAACAAUGAAUUGAUUAAUAGACUAUUUUAAUAACCAAUUAAUCGUUUAGGAUUGUUAACUCAUUGAACAUGGCUGAAUCCAGCUGCUCACUGUUAAGCCCAACAUUAGGUAAGUUUUUGUUUUUUAUGCAUUCGUAAUUUAGUUUAUAUUCAAACUAGGGCUGUCAAACGAUUAAAAUUUUUAGUCGAGUUAAUCACAGCUUAAAAUUAAUUAAUUAUAAUUAAUCACAAUUCAAACCAUCUCUAAAAUAUGCUAUAUUUUUCUGUAAAUUAUUGUUGGAAAGAUAAGACACAAGACGGAUAUAUACAUUCAACAUACUGUACAUAUGUACUGUAUUUGUUAAUUAUAACAAUAAAUCAACAAGAUGGCAUUAACAUUGACAUUCUGUUAAAGCGAUCCAUGGAUAGAAAGACUUGUAGUUCUUAAAUGUUAGCACAAGUUAUAGACAUUUUAUAUUAAAACCCCUCUUAAUGUUUUCGUUUUAAUAAAAUUUGUAAAAUUUUCAAUCAAAAAAUAAACUAGUAGCUCGCCAUUGUUGAUGUCAAUAAUUAUACGAUGCUCACGGUGCUUAAACCCAUAAAAUCAGUCGCACGAAAGCGCCAGCAGAGGGAGACAAAAAAACACAAGUAACAAGUGGGUAAGACACUGUGCUGUCAUUUUAAUCUGUUUGAGCGGGGCAUUUGCGUGAAUUGCGUCAAAUAUUUUAACAUGAUUAAAAAAUUAAUUACCGCCCAUUAACGCGCUAAUUUUGACAGCCCUAAUUCAAACAAAAAACGGCUAAGUAUGAUUUGUUAAGAGCAUUGUUAAAAAAAAAAGUUUGCAUUUUAUAGCAUUUAAGCUAGCAGACUUUUGCAAUGCAAGUUAGCCAAUUGUUCUUUUGUUGUACUUGGAUCCUCAUUUAUUUAUUUAUUUUUACUGUUUGAGGCUAUCAUCAGGUAUUUUAAUUUAGUUUUUUUUUCAAUGAACGCGCAAUUCUGCAGUUUGAAGAAACAUUUGAAGAAACAUUUUAUUUUGUAUUUGCAUUUAAUACUCUUUUUAAAGUGCAAUCUUAGCAAGCCUUUGUUUUACAUCUCCUAAAAUGUAUUCUGAAACACGUUAAAUGCCCGAAUACGAUUACUUGAUUAUUCUAAUUAGUUGAUAAAUCGACUACUAAAAUAAUCGAUAGCUGCAGCCCUAGAUUAAUCUAUGAACUACUUACUGUAGUUCGAUGAAUUUAGCAUCAAACAGAAUUUUAAAAAACCGAUCUAAGUACAACAAAAGAAACAUCAGCAAAAGCCCGCUAGCUUAAAUGGUAUAGAAUGCUAAUGUCUUUUUUACGAUACUCUUAACAAAUCGUUCAAACAGAUAUUCCAACAAAAAAACAGUUAAAUAUACCUAUAAACUAAAUUACAAAUGCAUUAAAAACACAUAUUAGCUCAAACAAAAAUUGACCUUAUAUUGUGCUUAACAGGGAGCUGCUGGAUUCUUGCCUGGCACGGCCGGACUGUUCUCCCUGUAUUUUUCAAACACCGUGAAAAGAGUUUGGGACCCAGCUCCUUAUUUCCCUCUCUAGCCAGAACGCAAUCAUCCGUGCACUCAGAUUUCUUUAUUUGCGUGAUGUGUUCUUAACGAGAAACGUCACUCAUGCGCAUCAGAAAGUCGUCUCCACAACAACAUAGAUGGCGAACCAUAGAGCCGAGAAUAUGUUCCAAUCUGCGGUAAAUUCAGUUUUAACUGACCAAAAACACAUUGAGUAGCUAUAACCAACAGUCUGUCUGCGCUAGCCAUGUUGAAUAAACUUCUCCGUUCCCCUCGUAUGUUUAUUUCGACGCGCUAGAGUUUCUUGUCGCUUUACCAACGUCAUGUCUGCCCAUCGCUGAUUGGUCCACUCCGCUGUCUGUUUGCUGUGGCUUGCUCCGCCCUGGAAAUUUGAUCUGCCAAACGGUCGUCAGGAGUCCCAGGCAAGCUGGAUUCAGCCAUGUUGAAUGAGUUAUGUCAUAUUCACUGUUGCCACUAGAGGGUAGUGUAUCCACCCAAAUCAAUAAAAAAAUGCUAACACUUUCAAAAUAAACAAUUAAACGCCACUUUAAGCUUUUUGCUAAUCAAAUUACUUGAGUUAGUCGAUUAAUCGUUGCAGCAUUACUCAAGUAAAAGUAAAAAGUCAUUAAGUAAAUGUAAAGCGCUACUACCCACCUCUGCUGAUGUUAAAAAGGUUAGUAAUUUCCUGAAGAUGCAACAAGAAGGUGGCAAAGCACUUUUUUUUUAUUGGACACAUCUGGCCGAAUGACGCCAAAGCACUACUUUGAUAGAAUUUUGACGAGGUUCCACUUUACAGCUGGUUACUCAUAUCUUUACGCCUCUUUUGUGACGUGCUGAAAAAUAUUUUGGCCACACUGGAAAACAAAAUUGAACUCUUAACUCAUCGACUGCGCUAGACAUAAAGGUGUUGUUUGUCUCUAAUACUGAGGAUAAUUGUCUGCUGUCCAAAGAAUUCAACAGGUUUUUGCAUUUCAUAAUGGUUCAUGGUUGGUGUUUUGUAUUUACAAAAGUAUUCAUCUACAACAAGCAUCUGUUUCCCAUUUUGCAGCAGGGCCGAGAACCAAAAGUGGUUUUAGCCAUGUGGCAAAAUAGAUUUUACCAUGUGGCAUUUUUUUCUUUGCCAUGUGGCAAAAUUGAUUUUGCCAUAUGGCAUUUUUUUGCCAUAUAGCAAAAUGGAUUUUGACAUGUGGCAUUUUUUUCUUUGCCAUGUGGCAAAAUUGAUUUUGCCAUGUGGCAUUUUUUUUGCCAUGUGUCAAAAUUGAUUUUGCCAUGUGGCAUUUUUUUUUUGCCAUGUGGCUAUAUUUUGCCAUGUGGCAAAAUGGAUUUUGCAAUGUGGCAUAAUUGAUUUUGCCAUGUGGCUUUUUUUUUUGGGUAUGUGGCAUUUUUUUCUUUGCCAUGUGGCAAAAUUGAUUUUGCCAUGUGGCAUUUUUUUUGCCAUGUGGCAAAAUUGAUUUUGCCAUGUGGCAUUUUUUUUGCCAUGUGGCUAUAUUUUGCCAUGUGGCAAAAUGGAUUUUGCAAUGUGGCAUUUUUUUGGGGUAUGUGGCAAAAUUGAUUCUGCCAUGUGGCAUUUUUUUUGCUAUGUGGCAAAACUGAUUUUGAAAUAGAUUUUGGUUUGUCGCAUUUUUUUAGGCGUAUUACAACAAAUGUAAAGCGUAUGGUCAAAAAUCACAGCCACACAAGUUUUUCUGCCAUUUAAAAUGAAUGGAAAAUUUGGACGUGCAUGGCUGUCAAUGGCAUGGACGUCGUUGUGCACGGCCUACAAAACUGACAUAUACCCCCCCCAAAAAUGCCACAAACCAAAAUCCAUUUUGCCACAUGGCCCAAAAAAAUGCCCCAAGGCAAAAAAAAUGCCACAUGGCAAAAUCCAUUUUUCCACAUGGCAAAGAAAAAAUGCCACAUGUCAAAAUCAAUGUUGCCAAAUGGCAAAAAAAUGCCACAUUGCAAAACAAUGUCACGUGGCAAAGAAAAAAUGCCACAUGGCAAAAAAAAAAUGCCGCAUGGCAAAAUCCAUGUUGCCACAUGGCAAAUACCACUUUUGGUUCUCGCUAUCUCUCCCAUUUUGUCUUAAAUCCACACUAAGCCUUUGUUUUUAAUACCUGAUUGUCACAGAUCAGAAAAUGCAUAUCCUAUAACUCCCUGCACUGUACAUAAACAUAUUUAUUUUUUGUAAACGGGACUGUUUAGACGACAAGGUGACAUGAUAGGAUAAUCCCGCGGAGUUCAAGUAUUUAUUCCGUUUUCGGUUCACACGGCAAUGACGCCGCCCAUCUUAAAUUUCACCUCCCCCCCGGAAACAUUCGCCGGUGUCCCACGCGUGCCGUAGUGGAACAUAUGUUUGUUUGACGAUCUCAUACGCCAUUGAUCUAAAAUUGGAUCAGGGUAUACCAUCUUGGCUCUCGGCAGGAGUCAACUUGCAAAGGCCCCAUUAAAAAAAAUGUAGGAUGGGGAAUAAAAAGCAGCUGCAACAGAUGUCCAAGCUGCUUUUUAUUUCCAUUUUUUGCAAAAAUUGGGUCAAGAUUGAAAUUUUUUUUUUUAAUGGCCAUUUCUAUGCUCCCAAAUUUAAGAAAAAACUUGCCAGGUGCUUGUAAAUCUUGAUUUUGUGCCUUUUGUCAACAUGAGUUCCUGCACUGCCUGUUGUUCUUAUCAAUAUUCGCCGUCAUAUCACCACAACCUUCCUGCACACGCACAACCAUGUAACAGAUUAUUUAUCCUCACGUGAUCCACCAGAAGCUGAUGUGGGAGGUGAAAGCGUGUGGCUGUCCUGAUGCCUUCUCCUCUCCCCUCCUCCUAUUAUGUAAAGACUUUUAUAGAGGUAACAAAUGAGAUAGAUAAAUGAUUUUGUAAGGAUGAUUUAUAAUAAAAAUAAACUCAUUUGACGAUAUCUGUGUCUGUCAUCACAACAUCAAGAUAUCAGGAAUAAAUCAUUUGAAUCCGGAAAAGAGUUGGACAUAUAUUACACCUGUCUUAAAGUGCGUACGAAAGGAUAAAAAAAAGUCCUAACUAGCAUUAUUAUUUGAAUUAGAAUCAUAUUUUGAGAUGAUUCGACUAUAUACAACAAACUGGCAAAGCGCUGGUUUCGAUAAAUUGUCUUUAAUCUGCCGGUUAGCCACGCUUACCAUUAUAGACCUCAUUCAUGUGACGUAACAACAUCGCCCCCUGACUUCUGCUGCCAUAUUAUCCGUCAACUAAUCCUGUUUACAUGUUACCACUACGUACAUUCCUCCUAUUACUGCGUGUUUUUCUGCUUACCGCCUAGUAAACAAACCCAAAACCUUCCUGACAAUCGUUGACACAUUUGAAUUUUACUGAGCCCGACGAAGAGGGAAAAAAAAGUUGACGUUUUUUUAAAAAAAAAAAAAAAAAAAAAAAAAAGAGGGAAAAAACUGCCCCUAAAGGAACACGGUAGAUUUCUUUUCUGUCAAAGCAAAAAAAUAAAUUAAAAAAAAAAAAAAAGUGUUUUGAAUCAAGCAAAAAAUUCACAUCGAGGCAAUUUUUUUACAUCGAAAAAAGUUAACAUCGAAGCUGUCCGGAGUAUAGCGACUGCUUGCUAAUGAAGUCAAGAAGGACCGCCAGAUCACAGAACGUUUUCCGACGAAAAGGUUCGGUUGAGUUUAAAGUGAUCCGCUAACUUAAAUACAUGUAGGCUCUAAUAAACCACAAUUGUUUUAUGUUGAGGCAGCAAAAGGAGAAAUAUUGGUCGAAAGUAACAUAAGUUACUUUUAAAGUAACUUAGUUACUUUGAUAAUAAAGUAAUCGGUAAAGUAACUCAAUUACAUGCAAUGACUUUUUUUGUUGGCAUUUUUAUGUUGAGACAGCAAAAGGACAAAAAUUGGUAAAAGGUAACAUAAGUUACUUUUAAAGUAACUUAGUUACUUUGAUAAGUAAUCGGUAAAGUAACUAGAUUACUUUUUUGAGGUGUAAUCAGUAAUCAGUAAUUAAAUUAUUUUUUUAAGUAAUCAGUGACAACACUGGUUACUACCCACCUCUGCUUAUUACUAUUCAUCCUUCACACAGCCGCUAGAAACAGAAAUGUCAUUUAAUCCAUCUACAAGUGACCCAGGAAAUUUUACGACACUGUGCGGGUGUGCGUUGGUCCUCAUGGGAAACACAGUCUUCCUUAACCCCUUCAGACUUGAGCAUGCUGCUGAAGGACAUGAUGUAUUUGCGUCCCAAAAUGAAUAAAUACACUGAAUUUGGUUGCUAUUGCCACUUCUGGGAGAUGAUUGGACGAAACUUUACCCAUCGAAAUCAAACCAUGAGGUUUAGCACGCCCUCGUUGCUAUUUUUGGAUCUUUGAAAAUGGCUGAGACAAAACGGAGUAUCAAAAAGGCAAACGUAAAUGCUCGAUUCUCAUCAAAAACAAUGUAACAUUAACAUUAAAAAUAAACAAUAAAAACAUGAAAUAACCCAAAAAUUUUUCACUCUGUUCUGGUAUUUGAGUAGAGUAAAAAUCAGCUAAUAUUUUUUUCCCCAGCAGAAAAAAUGCGGGUCUAUUCCAUUCUAUUGAGGGGUUGGAACAUAUCACAAUUAUCAAUACGUGGGUCAGGAAAUAAAAAUUUGAAGAAAAAAAAAACGGUAAAGUGGGUUGACAAAUUGUCAGACCUUUUUUUUUUUUUGUGUGUCUGUGUGAGAAAAAAAAAUCUUGAUUUCAUAUACAUAUACCAUUGCAUAAUGGUUUCAAACAACUUGACGCCUAUGUUCAGAGGUGGGUGGCGUAGUCAAAGAUUUUACUCAAAUAAGAUUAGCGUUCCUUCAAAAUAUUAUCCAAGUAAAAGUAAAGAGGUGUUCCAUAAAAAGUCAUGAAGUUCCGUAUAUGUCAUUAUUAACUCAUUCAGUACCCCAAAAUAACUCGAAAAAGUCCAAAAGUAUUGUAUUUUGUUUAAUGAUGGAGGAUAAACUACCCUCUGGUGGCAGCGUUGGGUCUGGCGGGACUGUCAUCUUGUAUGACUCAGGAACAGACUCCGACGUCUGACGUGGAUAAAGGAUCUCUGCGCUUUGGUUUAGCCCACAUAAAGCUGUAAGUUGUUUCAGCUAAUAUAUGUUCGUGUAUGCAUUUGUAAUAAAGUUUACAGCUACAGUUUGUGGCGUUACGUGUGAGCAAGUUGCUAUGAGAAUUGUAAAUAUGUUAGCGGUCGUAGCAUUUAAACUAGCGGACUUUUAUUAGGCAAAUUACGCUAAUUUAAUCUACUAAAUUUGCAUAUUGAUCAGACCAGAUUCACGUUUGAACAUCAAUUGUUUUGUGUCAAGUGUUUCAUAUAUGUUAAAAUGCAAGUUUUAAAAUGAACAAAAUAACUAGUGGUGAAGCAUUAAGAAAGGAACAAAAGCCUGAAUAGAAAUCAACUAUGAUUUUCUUAAUUCAGUCUUUGAUGCGAUAGCAUUUUUUACGAUCUUUUCACAAAAUCGAUUUUGAUGCCUUUCUAAAGAUAUUAACACUCUAUUGAGCUACAAAUAGAUGAAAACAUCAAUUGUUGAUUUAAAUGUCGAAUAUGGAGGUAGACAGAUGUCCCAAAAAUAUCCCCGCCGAGAAUCUUUUCGGGUGGGCUGCCCUACAUACGACUCACAGCUUUGUGUUGCCACGCCGCGUCGUCUUCAUCUUUCUACUUUCUUGGGAAAUAAAGCCCCGGCUUUGUCGAUAAAGUGCCGCCUCAGCAGAUCCGCAGUUUCUUCAUGGGUCCGGUUACCCUCAGGGUGUGCCGGCGCGUAUACUCUUAUGAGGGCGUGCGUGGUUUUCAUUGCGCUUCAGCUUCUGACGGCUAACAUGGAGUUGAUUUCCCAGAUGAGGUUGCGCAGUUGAUCCAUGAUCUGCUUCAGCUGCUGAUUUUUCUGCUUCAGCCGCUGUCGUAAAAACAAGACAAUUACAAACGAUUUAGGUGGCUUUUCUUUCAUUUUUCAAUUAGUGUACCUGAUGCUUCAGUAAUAAUACAGUGCCCUCCAUAAUUAUUGGCACCCCUGGUUAAGAUGUGUUUUUUAGCUUCUUAUUUUUUUUUUUUUAAAUUCAAAUAAAAUGGAAAAUAAGAGAAAAAUCCAACCUUCAAUACAAGUGCAUUUAUUCAGUGGGGGAAAAAAUCCCACAUUAAGAAAUAAUUAUUUGAUAUCAAAUAUUGUGUGUCACAAUUAUUAGCACCCCUGGUGUUAAUACUUUGUACAACCCCCUUUUGCCAACAAAACAAGGUCUGGGGACUGAGAUGGCCAUGGGAGGAGCUUGAUUUUGUGUCUGGUGAACCAUUUCUGUGUAGAUUUGGCCAUAUGUUUAGGGUCAUUGUCUUGCUGAAAGACCCAGUGACGACCCAUCUUCAACUUUCGGGCAGAGGGCAACAGAUUUUGAUUUAAAAUGUCCUGGUAUUUCAAAGCAUUCAUGAUGCCAUGCUCCCUAACAAGGUUCCCAGGGUCUUUGGAAGCCAAACAGCCCCACAGCAUCACUGACCCACCCCCAUACUUCACAGUGGGUAUGAGGUGCUUUUCAGCAACACUAAGGUGACUUGAAGUUCUGCUCUGAGACCCUCAAUUUGGCCAAAUUUCAAAAUUGUCCUAUAUGCGUAUGUCAUCAUUGGAAAGCUUAAAAUCUCAAUUUUCUGGGGGAGAAAAACUUUGAACAGGAGCGCAUUUAAAAAAAAAAAAAAAAAAAAUUAAACAGCAAAAUCCUAACUGGAGGCAAGAACACGCAAAAGCAGAAUUAAAGACGCCACGAUUUUAACGAGAUAUUAUCGCGUACUUACCUUGUUUUGAUCCAAAAACUCCAUGUAGCAUGUAUCACCGAGUGUCAAGCCACAGCUGUGAAUGGCCACAGCCGGAUUUUGGGGGGAUUUUAUGGGUGAAACAUGGUGAUAUAACAAGGGUUGCGAUGCAGAAAUCACAGACAACAAGGAGUGGUUGAGAUGUUCUUUUUCAUACAGUUACCCUUUUAAACGCUAUUUUUCAGUUUUUCUUUGUUUGGAUCGAUUAUUUAUCAUCCAACAUAUCGGGGAAAAUGCGGCAGUAACAAAACUAAUACAUUUAAGCGAUAGUUAUGAAGGAGAUAUCCAUGACUUUUUUAAAGACGCCAAAUUUUUCAUUGUGACGUAAUUUGUUAAAAAGUUUAAAAUAUGCGAGUGAAUAAUUUAAAGUCUUGUUUUUUUUUAAAAAUAUUAGACAUCAAUUAAUGAUUCUCAGCUAAAAAUCACAGACAUUUAGAAUAAUAUAAUUACCUUCUUUUAAUGGCUAGGUUGAAACAAAAGCGGUUGCGCGACGUCUGUAAACGGGGGUUUUCAGGGUAAAACGGACAAAUUAAAAAUAGUUCGGAGGCUUAGUGUGUCAUGAAUCUGCUAUGGCAGCAUAUAGACAUAUUGUUUUAUCAAACAACAGUUGUUCUGUUGUUUACAGCUGUUUAUUUUACGGCUGUCAAAAUUAUCAGGUUAACGGGCAGUAAUGAAUUUUUUUUAAUUAAUCACGUUAAAAUAUUUGACGCAAUUAACGCACAUGCCCCACUCAAACAGACUAAAAUGACAGUACCGUGUGCAAGCUUGUUACUUGUUUUUUUUGGUGUUUGGCUCCCUCUGCUGGCACUUGGGUCUAACUGAUUUUAUGGGUUAGUACCAUGAGUGAGCAUGGUGUAAUUAUUGACAUCAACAAUGGCGAGCUACUAGUUUAUUUUUUGAUUGAAAAUUUUACAAAUUUUAUUAAAACAAAAACAUUAAGAGGGGUUUUAAUAUAAAAUUUCUAUAACUUGGACUAACAUUUAUCUUUUAAGAACUACAAGUCUUUCUAUCCAUGGAUCGCUUUUCGAGAAUGUUAAUAAUGUUAAUGCCAUCUUGUUGAUUUAUUGUUAUAAUAAACAAAUUCAGUACUUAUGUACCGUAUGUUGAAUGUAUAUAUCCGUCUUGUGUCUUAUCUUCCAUUCCAACAAUAAUUUACAGAAAAAUAUGGCAUAUUUCAUAGAGGGUUUGAAUUGCAAUUAAUCACGAUUAAUUAAUUUUUAAGCUGUAAUUAACUCAAUUUAAAACUUUAAUCGUUUGACAGCCCUAGUUUAUUUUAAAGAGGGGUGCAAGAGCAGAAAGUGCUUUUUCAGUCUUGUCUGUGUUUUCCGCCAUAUACACACACACACACACACACAUAUACGGUCGAGAUGCUAUCAUUUCAAAAAGAAAUAUGUGUGUGCAGCUCCCAGUGUUGUCUUUUCUAUGGAAACUGGAUCAAAACAGCUCUUUGAGUGUUGAAGGUUACACAACCCUGGUCUAAGCCAUUCAAUGACCUUCACAAAGCCAUUCCUUUUUUCCCAUUAACCCUUUCUAGCCAAAUGUAUCACAUUUGAACACUAAGAAUUUCAAAAUUUUGUGAUUUUUGGCAUUUCUUUCUCAGAAAAAAAAUGUGUUGCGUUAAAUUAAGGGGCCGUUAACAUGGUGAAUCUCCGAGAAUACGAAAAAUGUCAAAUUUCCAUUUGCGUUUGCAUCUCCAUUUGAAAAAUGUCGCGAUUCCGCAUGAAAACGAUGUAGUAUUGAUGCCAGGCCCUAGGGGGCAGUGCAGAUUUAUUGGGCGACAGAGAAUGAUGCACUCUGACCCCACCAAGCUCCCUCAGCCCGGGAAAAAAAAUAUGCCCGUCCACUCGAAGCAAUGUCAUUUUUCUUUUGUUCAAAAAGGCACAAAAAUUGUUGCCUGGCAUGGCCAGACUGUUCUCCCCGUGUUUUUCAAACACUGAGAGUAUAGUCUGGGACCCAGCCCAUUAACGGCCUCUCGAGCAAGUACAAAAUCAAUCGACAAAUCAGAUUCGUUUAUUUACGUGACGUGUUUUUAACGAGCAACUUCACUCUUCCGCGUCGGAAGUCGUCUCCACAACAACACAGAUGGCGAACGGGAGAGCCGAGAAUAUGUUCCAAUCUACGGUAAAAUCAGUUUUAAAUUACCACAAACACAUCGACACGAGUCAUUGACAACAGUCUGUCUCGCGCUAGCCAUGUUGAAUAAACUCCGCUCUCCUCGUAUGUUUACUUCCGCGCGCAAGUCCCUCGUCCCACCCGUCGCUGAUUGGUCCACUCCGCUGCCUGUUUACUGUGGCUUGCUCCGCCCUGGAAAUUUUAUCCGCUUAAUGGUGGCCAGACUUAAUAGCUGGAACAGCGGUGAGUCUGGAGGACCAGGCUACAAAAAUUGAAACGUUCAACAUAUUUAAUUUAAAAAUAUUAUUAAAACAGUAAAUUAAUGUUUAGUAGCACCGCUGCGCACACCCAAUGUGACGUGUACGAGUGCUGAUGUUAACGGCGCGGUCUCGCGCCGCAGGAGCCUUUGAUGUGCAUGCCAAGGAAGCCCCCCUCAACACCCCGCAAUCGGAUUCUGCCACUUUGGAGGCAGGAUUCAGAAUUUUUUGUCUUCGCCUUCCGUCUUCGCUGACACCAUAUGCACGCGAGGCGAGUCCUCAACUCAGUCGUUGCGUCUUUGUGUCGCACAGUCACCAUGUAAACUGCCCCUAAGCUCUGGAACCCGCCAUCCCUACUUGCAACAUUACAGGAACGUGUAUCGCUAGUUUCUUAGCAGAUGACUGUAUCUUCAGAGAUAUCUAUCAAGAUAAAAUCCAUCUCUGUCUCUGCAAAACUCCUUUAGCCGUGACUAAUUACAGGCCCUUUUUGCACCGCCGAUAACACCUUGAGCCAUCGAUUUCACACAGCUUUCUUAAUAUCAACUGUUUAGCUGAUUGUCCUUGAAGAUAGUCCUGAGUGGAACGUUUGGAGGCCUUCCACAUUCUCGUCCACUUACCAAAGGACUCUCACUGCUUCUACUGAACGCUCUUCCCUUUGCUAUCUCUCUCUUUGACUUUCAAUUUCAUUCCAAGUGUGUAUGUGUGGCUAUAUGAGUGUAUUAUACAUGAUACGCCUCAUUACCCUGAUGAGCAGCUCUUGAAAUAACUUGGCCAUUUACUCUGCAUUAAUGAGAUAGUAUCCAAAGCCUUUGUAAUUUCAGGUAAUAGAGCACUGUAUCAUUUCCCUUUAAUGUUUUUAAAGGAAAGCACAGAGUGGUAGGUGAACUUGUCAUGAUCGUUUCGAGCACAACCUGGUGGAUUUGGUUUCAGAGGAGAUAUUCUAUUAAACAGCUGAUGAACAGAAAAAUUCUAGUAGUAAUUCUAGUAGUCUGUAGAGUAAGGCUGCAGCAAUUGAUUAUUAAAGUAAUGGAUUAAUCUAUCAAAUAGUUCGGAUAAUCAAGUCAUCACAUUAGGAAGAUUUAAUGAAUUGCAGAAUGAAUUUAUGGGGAUGUAAAAGAAAGGCUUGCUAAGAUUGCACUUUCAAAAUAACAUUAAAUGCAAAUACAAAAUAAAAUUCCCGAGUGUUCACAAGAGCAAUAAAUGCUAAAGAUGUCCCGAUCACGUCAUUUUCCAAGUAUUGGAAUUGGCAAAAAAAUAUCGGACAUGCUUUUUUUUUCUCAAUAUGUAUUUAUUUUUUAAUUAAAUCGUUUUCUAAUUGUAUUUAACGUUACAAAAUGUCUUACACUCAUCCAGAGUCUUUAGUUUAGGCUUAAAGUAGGGCUAUCAAAUUUAUCGCGUUAACGGCGGUAAUCUUUUUUUUUUUAAUUUAUCAUGUUCAAAUACUUAGGCGGCACGGUGGCUGAGUGGUUAGCACGUCUGCCUCACAGUUCUGAGAUCAAGGGUUCAAUCCCGGGCUCCGGCCUUCCUGUGUGGAGUUUGCAUGUUCUCCCCGUGCCUGUGUGGGUUUCCUCCGGGAACUCCGGUUUCCUCCCACAUCCCAAAAA